AUGCUCGCCGUUCUUCUGGUCUCCGUCUCUCUCGCUUUGGGUGCAUGCAGCUUGCCCCAGCCCACCCCGACCCCACCUCCCAUUUUCCGCGGGUACAACUCCCUCUCUCGGCGUGCGACCUGGACCAACAUCGGAUGUGUCACUGACUCACGCGCAAGGGCGCUCACUGGUACUUCCCAGACGACGAGCUCUAAUACGGUGGAGAGCUGUCAGCAGUUCUGUUCGACUGGGGGAUACGUGUAUGCGGGUGUUGAGUACGGGAAUGAAUGCUACUGCGGAAAUAGCCUGUCCAAUGGCCCGUCGGACUGUAACGUCGUCUGUGCCGGGAAUUCCAGAGAAACAUGCGGCGGGAGUUUUCGCCUCAACCUCUAUAGCCAAGUCAUAUCUUCCACGACCACCUCUACCGUACCCACCUCCUCUGGAUGGGCAAACCUUGGGUGCAGGGUCGAUUCCCGCGCUAGGGCGCUUACGGGCCCGUCCCAGGAUGUGAGCACAAACUCGGUGGAGAACUGUGAGCAGUUUUGCGGGUCGCGCGGAUAUGUUUAUGCGGGUGUUGAGUAUGGCAGCCAAUGCUUCUGCGGAAAUGCGCUGAGCAAUGGUCUUGGAGGCACUACUUCUGCCUCAGAGUGUAACGUAGCCUGCUCCGGAAACUCGGCCGAAACCUGUGGUGGCAGCUACAGGCUCAACCUCUACAGCAUGGUCUCCUCCUCCACAACCACAUCAUCCACGCCCACGUCCUCCGGCUGGGCAAAUCUCGGCUGUAGAUUAGAUGCCCGCGCGCGAGCACUCACGGGUCCGUCACAGGACGUCAGCACGAAUUCUGUUGAGAACUGCGAACAGUUCUGUGGCUCCCAAGGGUAUAUCUAUGCUGGUGUCGAGUAUGGCAGUCAGUGCUAUUGUGGUAACACACUCUCGAACGGCGCGGGAGGCACGGCGUCGUCCUCCGAUUGCAACAUAGCUUGUUCCGGCAACUCGGCCGAAACGUGCGGAGGCAGCUAUCGCUUGAACCUCUAUAGUCGCAGCGCGUCAACCAGUACGAGCACG